GCAUCGUCGGUGCGCAUGCGUGGGGAGGCGGCCAUGUGUCCACAACAAGGCUCCAGGACCAGCAGACGACGCUCGACGACCAGGAUCACCUGUCUCAGACCUUUCCUUCAUUGACUUAAAAUGGCUGGUGCUCUAAGAAGAUUUAUUCCAUUGUUUGACCGUGUACUGGUCCAGAAGGCUGAAGCAGUCACAAAAACCAGUAGUGGUAUACUCAUCCCAGAGAAAUCGGUUGCAAAGGUUCUUUUUGGCAAAGUGAUGGCAGUCGGGGAAGGUGUAAGAACUGAGUCUGGACAAGUUAUUCCUCCGGCAGUGGCUGUGGGAGAUGAAGUGAUGCUCCCAGAGUUUGGUGGAACCAAGAUAACUCUUGAAGAAAAGGAUUUCUACCUUUUCAGAGAUUCAGAAUUGCUGGCAAAAUUGAAGAGUGAAUGAUUGUGAAGCCGGACUUGAUAGUUGCGAUUGUUAUAUAUGUUACAUGAAUGAAAAUGCACAACUAUACCAGUGUAUUAGUUAACUAUAUUUUGAGAAUUCCAGCAAGUCUUAAAAGAUUUGCCUUUAAUAUUUAGGUGAAUUUGAUACAGCAUUUGAAACUAAUUGCUUUGCCAGCAGCCCAAUUUGUAUUAAUAUUUACCGGUAAUAAAUGAAUAUGGUAAGCAUCAAAUAUAAACCAUUUUCCUGUGAAUGUGUAGUCAUUACAUUUAUCAUAACCCAUCAUAUAUCAUCAGUGUAACAUGUUAUGUAUGGAGUCUAUCAAAACUAUGUACUGUAUAUAGAAAUGUAAAAAAAAAAAAAUUAAAAAGUAGGUUUUUUGA